GAAAGGGGGGUGUCAGCUUCUCUGGAAGUGGCAUUUGAGGUUCACAAAAGAUGUAGUAGUUAUUUUGAAGACUUACUUGCCAAGAAAAUCCUGUGGCUGGUUUAUACUUCUGUCUCCAGUUCUAGGCAAGUGUGGGUUUGCUGCUAUCUGCAUCAGAGGAUUCUGGUGCUGGGGGGUGGUGCUGGACAGGGAGAGUCACCCACCAGGUUGAAUCAUCUGCCUCACAGACACCCCUGGAUUCAGCUGACCAAAUCCCUGCACUUCCUUGGAAAUGUACAUUUACUUCAUUCUUUGCUUGCAUUGCAACAACACACAGCAAGAAGAUGUGAAUUUUGUCCUACAAGAAAUGCUGGGUAGAAGUUCUUCCUGAAUGUCACUUCAACGUGAUCUUAAAGAAGUUCCCUUAUUCAGUUUUACUUCUCUUUAUGUGAAACAGAAACAAACAGCUCCACAGUAAGCAGGGCAAGAGAGUAGACAGUGGGCAAUGAAAACUCUGAAACUCUGAGUUAGGAUCAAGCUUGUGUGCCAAGGACAAUAUGGACAUGAAAGAGAUUUUCAUCCUGCUGCUGUAUCUGUAUUUGGUCUUCCGCGUUCAAGCCAUUCAAGAGAGUGUCCCAAUGAAAAGCUUGAAGUGCUACAAUGACUACAACUCACAGGUGACUUGCACAUGGAUGGAGCAUUCAGAGGCCCAUGACCUCAUUGGUAUGAUUCUUUACCAAAGGGAUAAUGUCAGCUCGAAGAACAAGGACAUGUCUUGCAAACCCCAGACAAAAAAUGACUUGCAUGAAGCUCCAGACGUGUAUGUGCACUGGGUCUGCAACAUGACUACAGACUAUUUAGGAAUAGGGGUAGAGGAUACUUAUGGCUUCAGACCUAAAAAGGUUCUUCAAACAGAACUGGAUGUUGAUCUUUUCCAAAAUGUUCGGCCCCUCCCACCUCAAAACCUCUCAGUCAACCCAAUGACAUCAGGAGACUUCUUGCUGACCUGGCAAACAGCCGAUGGAAGCCAGGGGCUGGGCAAUGCACUGGACUAUGAGGUCACUUACAAGCGGCAGGGGGAGUCCUGGGAGGAAGCUGCCUCGCUCUUGCUCUCCAGCACCACCCAGUGCAGUCUCAGCCCUGAGGACCUUGUCCCAGGGAGCAGCUACGUUGCCCGUGUGCGAGCCAGACCAGGGCAGGCCAGCAGCUUCUCUGGGCAGUACAGCGAGUGGAGCAUGGAGGUGUCAUGGAAGACCCCUGAAGGAGGCCUUCAGCCCAGGAACCUUCGCUGCCUCUUCAAUGGUGGAGACCGUCUGACGUGCAGCUGGGAGGUGAAGAAAGUGAUCACCACCUCUGUCCUCUUUGGCUUGUUCUUCAGGGCCACCCCAGCAUCACAAGAAGAGGAGUGCUCUCCUGUGCAUGAGAAGACUUUAGCCCACACCCCAUAUGUGGUCCAGAGCUGUGAGAUCCCUGUUAGCAAUUCUAGCAGCCAGAGCCAGUACCAUGUAUCUGUCCGGGCCAAGACAGAGGAAAAACUGAUCAAAGCCUACAAAAACAUUCAGGUGCUGCCCCCUGCAAACGUGUCAGUAACAGCAACAGAGAACCAAGAGUAUGAACUAAGGUGGAAAAAACACAGUUUCAAUUACAACUUCAUAACACAGAGAUACCAAGUCAAGUACUGGGAAAACAACCGAUAUGAAAAGACUCUCCAGGUGUUAAAUAUCAGCAAUGAUGAACCUCCCUUCAUCUUCACCCUGCAGAUGCUGGCAGCAUCUACAGAAUAUAGGGGGAAAAUGCGUGCAAGGGUGAAUAGGCCUCCGGAAUAUGAGGGACCUUGGAGUGAAUGGAGUGAGGAGUUCACCUGGAAGACUGAGAAUGUUCUGCCACCUGUGGUUCUCCCGGUGGCGGUCCCAGCUCUCAUCAUCGCUUCGCUGAUAAUUGCUUAUGUCAGCUAUAAGUAUUUCCUCAGGAAGAAGAAAAUGUGGGAGGAAAAGAUUCCGAACCCCAGCAAGAGUCUCCUGAUCCAGGGCUACCUGGGGAAAGGGCAUUUGGGAAGUUGGCCAACAUGCAACCAGCUGGACUUCAACAAAUACAACCUUUCAGAGAAAAUGGAGCAGGCUAGCUUUCUUCAGGUUGUGGAUGGGCAGGCGAAGAAUUUGGCGGAGUGCCCUGAAGGGCAGACUAAGAAGACAGAUGUUUCCCCUGUUACACCUGACCUACAGAACUCAUACCAUGCUUUAAAUGAGUCAGAGCAUGCCCCAGUUUCCUGCUCAAGUCAGAGAGCUGGUCAUUCCCUUCCCAUUUCAAGGAGAAACAGUGAUGGUGCAAGUAUUGGUUCCCACACAGCAAUCCCUUUCUUUGCUUUCAAUGGUCCAUACUUGUACAGCCCAGUGGUGUCCUCUCACCCUGAUAUACACCACACCCAGGAAAUGGACUCUGUGGGACUCAGUAAGAAAUCGGUUUCCCUUCAAUAUGUGACUCUCCCAAGGGAAGACUCUCCCCAGGCCCCACAGAGCCAAGAGCAGCCAGAAGCAGCUCCUCCAAGGGACAUGCUCCCAAAUCAGAAGGAGAUGAUGCAGCACCUCAAUGACAAGGACGAAGUCUCGUGGUCCUCAUCACCCCAUGAAGAAGGCACCAACAAGGGAACAGAGGAGCAAAACUCUCCAAAGGCUCUCAACUGUACCACUUCUCCUCAACAGUGCCCCUUGGAGUACAUCACCACCGAUAGCCUGGUACUGCCAUCAGCCAGCACCACCACCCAUCCUCCACUUGUCACAGCUGAGGAAUCACCCUGUGGCUCACAGCAGCCCCAGCCUCCCAGUGACCACUCUUGCCAUGAGUCUUCUCAGGGGAAAACUGGUGUCAUGAUCCCAGUUUCAGGCCAAGCACCAGCCUCAUCUCCUGAAUUGCACCUGGAUACCUUUGGUGACUAUCUUACUCUGCCUGAAGGUCUCCGUGAACAUUCAAAGCCCACAAAGAUUUCUUUGCCUGUCUUACAGAAGGAAAAUGGUAUUCCUAGAAAGCAGCCUUUGUCAGAAGGUAACUUGGUGGUGUUAAACCCUGACAGCACUGAGCCAGUUUUCCUUUGCCAAGUUGGUGACUAUUGCUUCCACAGCCUGAAAUCCAGUGUGAAGAUGGAUAAUAGUCAGGAAGACCACCAAGUCAUGAAACUUUCUGAAAGCAAAACAACACUUGGGCAGCCUGUAUGUGACGAUGAAUCCAUCACAGGGAACGAAAAGGAUGUAUGGAAGAGGGAAAAAUUACAGGCCAUCCAGCUCUUCAAAAACCUGAAAUCAGAUGAUUACUUUUCCUGGCAGCAAUCUUUGAGGAUUAAAGAAAUCUGUUAAAUGGGUACAUAUUAAUGAAUACCAAAGAGACAGGUAACUGAAAGAGGUUGCAACUAUCUGGUGAAAAUGAACCCUCAAACCUAGGAACAAAUAAACAUCAGUUCCAUUUUCAAGCUUCCAGUCCAGUGUGUUAAAAAACUUGAAGUAACUCAAUGUCAUUCUUGGUGGUCUUCACAGCAUUGGCAUGAAGGACUACACAAAUAUUGUAGUGUAGUAUUUUUUAAACUUUUUGGCUUAUCCAUGAGGAUCAGUUUAUCUUCCUCAUGAUCCCGUAAUGUGUCACAAUCAUCUUGCAAUUAUAUCAAAUUGCUUGGCAAAUCUUGUGGCAGGAAAUGCAGACUUAACAGCUUGAAAGGCUAUCAGAAGAAGACAAGCUUGAAAACCUUGGAAAGAAAAGUGCUGUCCUUAAAAGCAAUUUUGUUUAAUUUCUGUGCACUUAUAAAAUAGCUCUAAAAGCCACCAAGGAAAUUCUGUAUCUUUGCCUUUCCACUAUGGCAUGAAAUAGGUAUUGCCUAAGGUGAAAUAAACCCAGACACUUAUAGAAGCAUAAAUAAAAAAUGAGAAAAAGAUUGUUGAAAUCCAGGAAAAGUUUCUUAAUGUUAAUAUCCAGUCUAUCACAGUGGAUUCAGAGGAUAACAAGGAAACAUCACUGGCAUACAUAAAGCAAGUUGUAAAGAACCAUUUGGAAGAAGAAAUGUUACUGAAAGAAGACCCAAGGGCUCCUAAGGUUCAGUGAGAGGGAGUGGGGCAGAUAACAGAAAAUGGCAAGUAGGAGAUGCUGGGAAGGUGCACAAGCCUGUAACUGAUGUGGUUCUUCUAUUUCUAAGUGUUGAAGUACUAUAUGAUUUUCUUUCACAUUCAUUGACUGUUUAUGCAUUAUAUACUUCAUCCUAAAGUGUAAUUGGUUCUUAGUUUGUUUGUUUUUUUCCUUAAGUAAUGAGAGUUGAGAAAGAGGAGACCUUUUUCCCAGUUUUGCUGUAUAGAAGGUGGUGUGAGGUAAGAGCAUUUGUCCAGAACUGCUACUCUGCAAUCUGUGAAAAGGCUUUGGUUUCAGACCUGAAGGUAGACUUGACUUCCAAUAAACCAUAUUUUUUUUCAAAUAUAAAAUCUGUAUUAAUACACAUAUUAUUUCUUCCUAUAAGUAUUUUGCUUCGUAUGUUAAAAAUAUUGUGUUUAUUUUUAAUUAAUAAAAAUACUAUCAGCUCA